AAUGCCCCAUCUUUACAUGGCCUCAGCACUGGAUCAACGUUUCGAAGAACUGCCCUUUUUGAAAGAGGAGAACAGACAGGAAGUCUACUACAACAUGGCAAUGGAGGCAUCGCCGAUUUCACUUGCGAGGAAUCCCAACAAUGAACCAGAACAAAAGAAUGAAGAGACAGAUCUGUCCCCACCCUGCAAGAGAAAGAAUGUGGACUCCUCCUGUGCUCUUGAGGAUUUAUUUGGAAAUGCAUUUUACCCUCCCAAAAGACAACAUUUGCCUCUGUCACUGUAUAAUCAGGCAGAGGAUGAAGUCAAGAAAUACAAAGAGACAGAGCCAUUACCUCUUUCUGGGGAUCCACUCAUCUGGUGGAAGGAGCACCAGUCUGCUUUCCCUUUACUGUCAAACUUCGCAAGAUACACCCUCUGUAUUCCUGGUUCAAGUGUUGCAGCAGAAAGGGUGUUCUCCAUGGCUGCAGAUAUCAUUACAGCUACUCAUUACAGUGAUCUUAACCCGGAGCAUGUUGAUCAACUGCUGUUUCUAAAUAAAAAUCUGAAAAUGCCUUGAACUAGUACAUACAAGGAUUUCUACAUUUAAUUUUGUGAAGAACUGAAUUUGUUAGGUGCACAUUCCAGCACUUGAAACCAAAAUGUUAAAUAAUAGGAGUUUAAAAAUGAGUAGUUUGAGAACAAUAAGUUAAGGUUAAGUUGUUAUAGUUUAUAUUUUUAUGGUGUAAGUGUUAAGUGUUGUUUAAUCCUUAAGCCUUAUGUCACACACUUCAGCAUUUGAUCCAGAAUAUUUGACACUAGAACUUUGUGUAUUGAAUGGCAUAAAAUGUAGACUGUUCUCUAUUCUGUUAUUCAGUGUACAAUAAACAGAUGUUACUGUUACUAAAUUCUGCUCAAAAGAAAUUUUAUUCAAAAUUGACCCGCAUCGCAAUACGUAUCAUAUCGUGACCUUGGUAUCAUGAUACGCAUCAUAUCGUGAUGUUGUUCGUGAUACAC